CGGGGAGUCCAGAGAAAAGAGAGGAAAGACUGUGUCUGAAGUCUGAGUUGAGGAUGGACACGAGGCAGAGAAGAGCCAACGGACAAAAGAGAUGAAAUUUCUAGGACAAACGACCUAAUUAAUGUUUUUCGUCAAAUUGAGGUAUUUUGUUUUUCUAAGAGAGAAAAAGGACAUUUAGCUAGUUGUUUUCCAGCUGUUUUGUAUUGCAGAAGGACUCGUUCUCCGCUGAAGACCUCAAAGACAAAAGAGGGAUAUUUUCAUCAUUAUUAAGUGAAUAUAAACAUACAUCUUUUACCUCAGCCUCAGGAGUAUGGUGGUGCGUGGUGUGUCUCAGGAUUUGAAGGACGAUCAAAAUGCUGAAAUGUAAAGUUCACAGCUAUCUAUGCCGCCUGUGGUUCACGGCGCUGCUGCUGCUGCUCCGGGAUCUGAGCCGUGCGGCUCCCACAGAGGGCCAGUCCAUCCCAUGUAGCAUCUCCGUGUCUGAACCAGUAUCCGGCCUGGACUCCAUAUCACUGACAGUCAACACAACCGGACAGAACUGCUCCUUCACCGUAACGUCUCCAGACGCCGGAGGAGACAGCGGCGAGUGUAGAAGAAGAGACGAGGAGAUACAGACUAAUGAGAUCAGAGGAGCGAAGGAGGUGAAAGAGGUGGAGAUGGGAGCUAACUAUCUGGAAACCAACCAGCUAGGAGUCGAGGAUGGAGGGAACAAGGAGGUAGGAGAUGUUUUCACCUGCGUGCUGGAUCACCUGGAGCCUGGAACCGCCUACCAGCUGCUGGUUCAGUCCCGGAGAGACGAGGAGACGGCGAACCUCACCCUGCACACCAGGCCGUCAGCGGUGAGCGGCCUGGCGGUGACCUCCAGGACCUCCAGCAGCCUGGGCCUUUCCUGGCAGGCCGGCCCAGGCAGGACGCAGCGCUUCAGGCUGCAACUGUGGGAUCACACGGGUCUGCUGAGGAACGAGACCUUGGAGAGCACGGCGACACAACACAAACUCCUCGACCUGACGCCGGGGCGACUGUACAACGUUACCAUGGUGACGGAGGCUGGCGGGCUGCAGAACAGCCAGAUGAUGGAGGCUCAGACAGUUCCCGCUGCUGUUUCCAACCUCAGAGCUGACGACAACAACAACAACAGCAGCAGCACAAGCUUGUCGUUGUCAUGGCAACAGCCCAGCGGCGACCUGGACACGCUCAUCGUCACCCUCUUGACCAACGGCACGAGCCGCCGGGAGACGACUCUUCCAUCGGACGCCACGGCGGUCACCAUCGAUCAGUUAACUCCUGGCUCAGCCUAUCGGGUCGCAGUGACGUCGAGGAGCGGCAAGCUGACGAACCAAUCAGAAAUCACCGUCAGGACAGCUCCGGCGGCGGCGUCCCUCCUCUCCCUGACACUCUCCUCCUCCGGCGGUCUCCUCAUGUCUUGGACGCCCCCCGCUGGACGCUGGGAGAGCUACAGGCUGUUCCUGUUUGACGGCUCUCAGGAGUUAGUCAGCGCCGAUUUGGACCGAAAGGCAGUGAACUUCAACUUUCCUGGGACGGGUCUAACGCCUGGGAGGCUGUACAGAGCCGUGCUGAGAGUGGAGAGUGGAGGACUGACGGCCGAGAGCAGCUGUGAAGGACAAACAGCUCCGGCUCCAGUGUCGGACCUCCACAUACGGCACUCGGACGAGACCUCGCUCAGCGCUAUGUGGAGCCACGCCCCCUCCGGGUCACGUGACAGCUACUUCCUGACCAUUCGCCACGGUAACGUCACUGUGGACACCAGGGAGGUGGAGCCAAACAUGAGGGAGUGCACGUUCAAUGUGCUCACACCUGGGAGACGGUACACCAUCACCGUGACAACCAGGAGCGGGAAACUGAACACCUCUGUGUCUUUGGAGGGAAGGACAGUUCCCAUGGCGUUUCGUGUCAUCACUAUGAGAAGCUCUGGAUUCAACAGCCUCCAGGUAUCAUGGGAAACACCACCAGGAGACGUGGACUCGUACUCACUGAUCCUGCUGCACGACAGCGUUGUGGUUCAGAACUACAGCGUUACGGUUGGUUCUUCUUCUCUGCUGCUGGCUGGUUUGACGCCUGGCGCCCUCUACAGGCUGCUAGCCACCACUGUCAGCGGGGGGCUGCAGUCUGAAACCACCAGUCUGGAAGGACGCGCCGCCCCGGCAUCGGUCUCGGAGGUAACCGUCGCCAACAGCGGCAGGUCGGACGCCCUGCAGGUGUCCUGGCGCCCAGCGGUGGGUGUCGUAGACAGCUACCUGGUUCGCCUUCAGGAGGGAAGUAGAACCGUCCACACGCUGGCCGUGUCCCGCUCCUCGCCGCCCGAGUGCUCCUUCAGAUCGCUGGUAGCCGGACGACUGUACUCGGUCAUCAUAGUGACGCGGAGCGGAAGCUUGGAGAACGCCACCACGGUUCAAGCACGAACACAACCGGCCACUGUGCAAAACCCAUCAGCUGUUCACUCUGCAAGAGACGACUUCCUCAAGGUGUACUGGCGUCAUGCAGCUGGGGAUCUGGACCGCUACGUGGUUCUGAUCCACUACAACAACAGCGUGCUGCAGAACAAGAUCGUCUCCGCCGGACACAACGAGUGCGUCUUCUCGUCUCUGACGCCGGGGAGACUCUACACUGUCACCGUGGAAACAUGGAGCGGAGACUACGUCAGCAGCGUCUCCACCGACGGACGCACCUUUCCGUCAGCUGUUGGAAAUCUGUCGCUAGGUGAAGCAGGAACAGCUGAACUGACCGUCACCUGGAGCCCCGCCCCCGGAGACGUGGACCACUAUGAGGUCACUCUGCUCUUCAACGACACUCGGGUUUUCCCUCCGGUCACGUUGGGCAGCGAGGUGCGACGUCACCGGCUGACCUCUCUGACCCCCGGGCGUCUUUAUAAGAUCGUGGUGUCGACGUUCAGCGGGCCGUACCAGAAGGCGCAGUUCAUCGAGGUGCGGACAGUCCCCAGUGCAGUCGGGAACCUUCAUCUGGGGCCUCGCUCCGGCCUGACGGACUCCGUUGGCGGGCUGUUGGUCUCCUGGACGCCUGGAGACGGAGACCUGGACGUGUACAACGUCUCUCUGUCCACCACGGAUGGCGCCAUCGUCGAGACUCGCACUGUCCCUAAACACGUCUCCUCCCUGGACUUUGUGGAUCUGAUCCCAGGCCGCGCCUACACCAUUACCAUCCAAUCACUGAGCGGGACGCUAACCAAUAGGAAGACAGCCACAGGCAGGACCGCUCCGGCCAGAGUCACCGCCCUGCAGGCGGAUAACGACCACACCACCCACAGUCUCGCCGUCAGCUGGGAGAAGCCGUCGGGCGUGUACGACGGCUACAGUCUGCAGUUAUUGGACGAGGCCGGCGUCGUUCUUGCCACUCGGUUGGUUCCCGCAGAGAAUCGAGGCGAGCGUCUGGAAGGUCUGACGUCAGGAAAGUGGUACCGCGUGAAGGUGGCGACGCUCAGCGGCGGCGUCCCGUCGCUGGAGGCCACAGCAGAGGGACAAACACGUCCGGCUGCAGUCAGUAAUCUAACAGUCACCUCCACCAACACCUCCUCUCUCUCUUUCUCCUGGCGUCCCUCGGACGGCCACGUCGACAUCUACGACCUGUCGCUCUACAGCGUCACAGAGGCAACCACCAAUCACAGACAGGACGCUGCGGCGAGCAGGAAGGAGCAUCAACAGGCGGCGGGGGAGCUGGUGGACCUGCAGAAGGUCGGUCCAGCUGUAGACAGCUGUGUGUUCUCCGGCCUGCGAGCAGGACGUCUGUACAGACUGCAGGUGGUGAGCUGGAGCAGAGGCAUGAACAGCGACUCCGCCGUGCUGGCCAGAACCGUGCCGUCUUCAGUUUCGUCUCUUCAGGUUCAGAGUUCAGGACGGACGGACAGACUGAUGGUCAGCUGGCAGCAUGGAGAGGGAAGCAGGAGCAGCUAUCAGGUGGUAUUGUACGACGUUUCUGGCGCCACUCUGGGAGCCCAGACGCUCGGGGCAGAGCACACGAGUCACGUGUUCUCUGGGCUGAUCCCUGGUAGGCUGUACCGUGCUGAGGUCAUCACGCACAGCGGGGAGCUGACCAAUAACAUCUCAGCCGUCGGACGCACCUCUCCAGAGCCGCCCACCCACCUGUCAGUCAAACAAGGCACGGCCAAUGACACGAUAGAGCUGUCCUGGUCCGGUCCUAACUCCGGGGACUACGACAACUUCAGCCUGCAGUGGACUCCUCCAGACCGCCUGUCAGUCACACAGACUGACCUGACCAGCCGCGUCCUUGGCGGGAUGUUUCCAGGGCGAUAUUACAACUUCACAGUGGCGACCAUCAGUGGAGCAGGGGCCGGACCCGCAGUCAGGAGCCGGCCAAUCCAGAGAGGCGUCAGGACAAGUCCGUCUCCACUGAAGUCCAUUCACUGCUUCCCUCUGUCCUCGUCCUCCCUCUCCUGCUCCUGGUCGCCUCCCCUCGCCGACUUCGACUCCUACGAGGUCAAGUGUCGUCGCCACGAUGACGGGGAUCUGACCUCGGAGCUGAGGCUGGCGGGUGGCGUCACCGCUGUAACGCUGGACCACCUGGAGGCGUACAGGAAGUACUCAGUGACAGUCAGAGUGUCGUCAGCCGGACAGAUGAGUCCACCUGCGACUCAUACAACCAUUACCAUGAUAGACCGCCCUCCGGCCCCGCCCCCCAGCGUACGUGUUAGUGGGAGGUCAUCGAAGGUCACAUCGUCCUCCAUCUUGUUUCGCUUCAACUGCUCCUGGUUCAGUGACGCCAACGGGGCCGUCCGUUACUUCGCUGUGAUCGUGGCCGAGUCAGAUGCCAAUGAGAUGCUGCAGCCAGACCAGCGCCACCCUCUGCCAUCCUACCGCGAUUACAUCAACAACUCCUCUGUCAGAGCGUAUCAGACCGCAUACUUCUCCAGCCGCUGUCCACAGGACGCCGACAUCUCCGCUGGACAGGUGGUGGAGGUGAACCUGGGUGCAGGAGGGGAUCGGCUGGGUGGGGCCUGUGAUCGUUAUCAUGACGACGACCUCUAUCUGAACGACGGAUAUGGCGAUUUCUGUGACGGGCCGCUGAAACCCAAGACCUCCUACAGGCUGAGUGUGCGAGCGUUCACCAGACUGUUUGAUGAAAACCACCGAGAGUUUCCUCAGCCGCUCUUCAGCGACACUUACCUGUCCUCACCACUCAGGACGCACGCAGAGCCUUUAGGGGGCGUAGUGGAGGGUUUGAGUGCCGGGAUGUUCCUGAUCGGUAUGAUGGUGGCCGUCGUCUCUCUGCUGGUCUACAGGCAGAGGCUGCGCAAAGUGGCUGUGCAGGAGAACCCGGUGGUGAGGAUGAGUAUGUGGAAGGAGGUUCCAGCUUCAGGAUUAUAUAUGGGUGUCAGGAGCAAUCGUCGGGUCACCAGUCCAAUCAAAGCCUGCCACUUUGAGUCACACCUGACAAAGCUGCAGGCCGACUCCAACUACCUGCUGUCUGAGGAGUUUGAGGAUCUGAAGGAUGUGGGACGCAACCAGACGAUGGACGUCGCCAGAGUGCCGGAGAACCGAGGAAAGAACCGCUACAACAACAUCCUGCCAUAUGAUUCUACACGAGUGAAGCUGUCCUAUCUGGAGGACGACCCCUGCUCCGACUACAUCAACGCCAGCUACGUACCUGGUAAUAACUACCGCAGGGAGUACAUCGCCACCCAGGGGCCGCUGCCCGGCACUAAGGACGAUUUCUGGCGGAUGGUGUGGGAGCACGGCGUCUACAAUGUGGUGAUGGUGACGCAGUGUGUGGAGAAGGGGCGGGUGAAGUGUGAUCAGUACUGGCCUGCAGACCGAGAGCCUCUGUACUACGGUGACCUGGUCAUUCAUAUGCUGUCAGAGUCCGUCCUGCCCGAGUGGACCAUCAGAGAGUUCAAGAUCAUCUCGGAGAGCAGCCGCAGUUACCCUCGCAUGCUGCGUCACUUCCACUACACCGUGUGGCCCGAUCACGGAGUCCCAGAGAGCACCCAGUCCCUGAUCCAGUUUGUCAGGACGGUCCGGGACUACGUGGACCGAUCACCUAGCACCGGAGCCACCAUCGUACACUGCAGUGCUGGUGUUGGCCGUACAGGGACCUUCAUCGCCUUGGAUCGGGUUCUGCAGCAGCUGGACUCCAAAGGAACCAUCGACCUGUACGGCUGUGUCUUCGACCUCCGGCUGCACCGCCAACAUAUGGUCCAGACUGAGUGCCAGUAUGCCUUCCUGCACCAGUGUGUGCGGGAUGUCCUUAGAGCCAGGAAGCAUCGAAGUGAACAGGAGAAUCCUCUCUACCCAAUCUAUGAAAACUUCAACCCCGAGUACUGCCGUGAUUUCAUCUACACUGGACGCUAAACAGACGAUGACGUCCAUCUGAUCGAGGGAGAAGAAGCGUUGCUACAUUAGCUCCCUAAAUACAUUAUUAAAAAAAACUGAGCUAACAGAGCAUUUGCUGUCUGUUCCCUGUUUUGUGUAGCAAAGUAUAAAAAUAUAACACAAAUGACAAACUACUUUUAAAACACAAAUUAGUGUUAAGAUUUUUCCUCUGCAGUCCUUUAAGUCACCUUUACAUUACAACAACUUCUACACUUGUCAGUAUAUCAGUGAUAAGAGUUUAUGGAAGAUAAAUGCUGACGUUGUAAACAGGAAAACAUGUUUUAAUUACAAUUAAAACGGAACUUUAAAUGUUUGCUGGUAUUACAGGUAGACUUUAAUUAGAUAAAGUUGUGACUUCCAAAAUCAAACUUCAGACUCCUAUUAAUUAACGUGGUUAAUGAUUUUCAGUGUUGAAGGAAAAGCGGGUCGAUCUCAGGUCGUUGGUGUUAAAUUGUUGUUUUUUAAAGACAAAAUCAGUCUGAUGCUCGUUAGCAGUGACAUCGUGCCAACUACCCUUAUUCCAUUUUCUAAUAUAACUGUUCUCACUCACUGCUCCAUAUAAGCUGUUUAUUUAAAAAGUUACACAUAUUGCUGUAUGUAAAUAUUGAUGUAAUACUCUUUUCUUUUUUAUAUGAUAAUGAAUAUAAACUGUAGGUCAACUAUUUUUAUCUUGUGAAAUACUGAGAUUGUGUGUCAUUAAUGAAAUAAAACACUUGAUAACCUGCUGUAUUCAGACUUUAAGUUACUGUAACUUUUAAACUGGAGGAAGGAAACGCUUUAAAACAUACAGACACAUUCUUUAAACUGUCAAAACUUACCACACAAAAUAAAAGUCUGAAUGCAAGGCAGGAACUCCCCUGUGUUAAAAUGUAUUAAUGUUUUCAAUUUACUUUCUGGGAUAAAAUAUUCUUUGUUGUUUAAAUUUUUGAGAAUUGUGUGACAUUUGUUUGAUCCCGAAGUUUGAAAACAUGUUUAAAAAAUUUUCAUUUGCAAUUCCAACAUUUUUUUAUAUUAUAAAUAAUAUUUGGAAAGCUUCUUUGUCUUUCUGUUCGACUGCUGGAUGUUUCAGGUUUUUUUUAAAAAUGAUUUAUAUUUUUUGGACAUAAUGAUCAUUGGUUUUAAAUCACUUUAAACGAAUACAGUGCUGGGCAAUUAUGACAUUUUUCUUAGUAGAAACAUGUUGUGAUAUAUUAUUUGUAUUUAAAGACUAACAAAAUUAGACAUUAAAAGUUAUGAUUACACAAAUGUUUCUUCCUGAUGUAAUUUAUACCACCAGUUUGAUUAUUUUAUGUUCAAUUUAGUCAUACUGUGACAUUUUCGUAUCAAAUAUAUUUUGACAUUAUAUCAAUGUUGGCCCUAUCACUAUCAGCCCUAAGAGAAUAUAAUUUUAUAACUUGCUGUAAAAUCACUGUAAACUCGAUUAUUAGGUGCUAAUUAAAAAUAGCUGCCAAACCAU